CCCAGAACUUUAUCACCUCAGAGACCCGCUUAUGCGAGAUGCAUCCCAAAACGGGAGUCCCUGUCUGGAAAUCGAAAAAAAAUCCUCGACUACAGUGCGUUCCAGACUGCGGAAAGAAACUGCCAACCGUUCAGGAGGAUCCCUGGCUAGUUAGCAUUUUUACAAGCGAUGUCUCAUUGUCGAACUAUACUUACAAAUGCAAUGGCUUAAUCAUCAGCCCAUGGCUGGUUUUCGUUGAAAAACUGUGCACCGAAGAAUCGAACGUGAUGCGGUAUGCGAUUGCCGAGGGAAAUCGAUGGGCCAGCUUUGUAAGAAAUGAGGAACAUCCCUAUGAGCUCCACAAUGUGGCCAACACUUUUCAUGGCCAACAAGAAACGAUUCUCCAAAUGGUUAAUCCACUGAUACUUUCGGCAUCAGUGCGACCUAUUUGCUUGCCUCCAAUACCUGGAACUGGAACCAUGACAUAUUAUACGCAAUUGACGCGAUACAUUACCACAUUGGAUAAUCAAAAGAUUUAUUAUUUAGUCAACAUCAGUUUGGAAUUCUUAAAACAGAUGAAACUCUUUGAAAUAAACGCACAAAGAGGCCCAAAAGAAGGACUUAACUAAUGGCAACUAAUAAGAAUUUUUUAAACAUUGUUCAACGACUUUUCCAUCAAAAAUAUGCACAAGUUACAUUGUUUUUAUACAUUGCUCUUUUU